AUGAACGUUCUAGAGAUCUUGACCAUUCUGUUGCCGUCAAUGGUGCCCGAUGCGCGGGUUGUGCCGAAAAUCUUCCAAAAUGUCAGGUCGGACCAGUCACUAUGCGUAGUACCAUCUACAGAUAACAGACGCCACCAUCCCGUUUGCCACGCGCGGUAG